GGCCGGGUGGCAUAUGCCCGCACGCGGGUGUGCAGGUGCCGGCAGAGCGCGGCGGGGCGGGCGCGGCGCGGUGCUGGACGGGCAGCCCCGGGCAGCGGGGCCAUGGCGGCGGCACCGGCGCCGCGGUCGUUCAGUGCCGCCGAGGUGCGGGCUCGCUGCGCGCAGGGCGCCUGCCUCGUGUCCUGCCGCCGCCGCCUCUACGACCUGAGCGGGUUCGUGCGGCUGCACCCGGGCGGGGAGCAGCUGCUGCGGCGCCGGGCGGGCACCGACGUGAGCGCCGCGCUGGACGGGCCGCCGCACCGGCACUCGAACAACGCCCGCCGCUGGCUGGAGCAGUACUACGUGGGGGAGAUGGAGCCCGGAGAGGAGCAGAGCCCUGCCGAGCCGGUGGAUGAGCAGGCAGUGGAUGCUGCAGCCCAGACCCCAGCACGGAUGGAUCCCCGCUGUAAAACAGUGGAUGUGGAGAAGGACCUAGUGGACUGGCAGAAGCCCUUGCUGUGGCAGGUAGGAUACCUUGGGGAGAAGUACGAUGAGUGGGUGCACCAGCCUGUGGAUCGUCCCAUCCGCCUCUUCCACUCGGAUUUCCUUGAGUCCCUCUCCAAGACAGCGUGGUAUGUGGUGUUCAUGGUGUGGACUCCUGUAGUGCUCUAUCUCAGCUGGGUCAGCUACACCUCCCUCGCCCAGGGCAACACCAGGCUCUUCUCCUCCUUUACCACAGAGUACUCCAUCCCCGUCCACAAAUACUACUUCCCCUUCAUCUUCCUCCUGGGGAUGUUCCUGUGGUCCCUGAUAGAGUACCUCAUCCAUCGCUUUGUCUUCCACAUGAAGCCACCUGCUAGUAACUACUAUCUCAUCACCCUGCAUUUCUUGCUGCACGGGCAGCAUCACAAGUCUCCCUUCGACAGCUCCCGCCUGGUGUUUCCUCCCGUGCCAGCCUCGCUAGUGAUGGGCUUCUUCUAUGGCGUCCUGCAGCUCCUGCUGCCCGAGGUGCUGGGGCUCUCGGUGUUUGUUGGGGGGCUCUGCGGCUAUGUUGUCUACGACAUGAUGCACUAUUACCUCCACUAUGGAUCACCGAAGAAGGGCACCUACCUGUAUGGCCUGAAAGCUUAUCACGUCAAGCACCACUUUGAACACCAAAAAUCAGGCUUUGGCAUCACGACUCGCUUCUGGGAUCACCCCUUCGGGACACUCAUCCCUGAGGAAACCUUUGAGAAGGAGGACUGAUGGCCCUGAUGGACAUGGAUGCAUGGGCAGAUCUGCUGCCUGAGACAUGAAGUGCCUGAUGCCACCAUCCGUCCUUUGCCCUGGAACCUUGCUUGAGCUCUCUGGCCCUCUCUGGGCAUACAACACGCUGCAGUUAACUCCAUCACCUAACUUGUGCCGAGAGGCUUCCAUAUCCUGGAUCCUUCUCCUGGCCCGAUCCCAGCACGGGGUUUUCUUGGCCUGCAGCUCUUUGCAUGGGGAUCCUUUAUGUCUGGAUUUUGUCUUUCUCUGAACAGUGCACCUGAGUCUCUCUCCCAGAUUUAUCAAGUUCAUGGGUUUUGUAGACAUUGCCUACUCAAAACUCAAACUCCAAUGAACAGAAUUACUACCCGAUGCCUUUUUGCUGAUCUUGUGAUUGGGUUUGUGUUUUUUUUUCUGAAUGUUUACUGCAGGUAUUUAAAGGUUUGGAAUAAAGUUCUGUGUAAAACUGUAGACACUACAACUGUAAAUAAACUGUAUAUUUUGAAAAAUAAAGCCUUUUAA